AGACGUCGGGCCCUGCCCUGAGCGGCCGGAAAUAAUCAUGAGUGAAUUCCGAAUCCAUCACGAUGUUAACGAGCUGCUCAGUUUGCUUCGAGUCCGUGGUGGUGAUGGAGCUGAAGUGUACAUUGAUCUCCUCCAAAAAAAUAGAACUCCAUAUGUCACAACCACUGUAUCUUCCCACAGUGCGAAGGUGAAAAUCACUGAGUUCUCCAGAACGCCUGAGGAAUUUCUAAGGAAAUAUGAUGAGCUGAAAUCAAAAAAUAUUCGGAAUGUGGAUCCAUUGGUUUAUCUGUUAUCAAAAUUUACAGAAGAUAAGGAGACGCUGCAGUAUUUGCAGCAGAAUGCAAAGGACCGAGCAGAGCACUCCUCCAGUAUCAUGGCUAGUGGUGCUGCCACAUUCAGUGUCCCUGCAGCAACUGCCAAGCUCUCUCUGCAGGAACUUGAAGAACUACGAAAACAACUUGGCAGCGUCACCACCAGCUCAAAUUCACAACAGCCACUUGAAGUAGUUCGCAAGCUCCUUCGUGACAAACACAACAGAAAAAACCCUGGGCAGAUCAUCCCGCAUUUCCCAUCGUGGGUAUAUACGAGGCCAGCAUUGCUGGGGGACUUUCUCAACAGUUCUAGUCCAAUCACUGAAACAAUCAUUUCUAUCGGAACUUUACCACUUGCUACACAAGAACAAAUGAUCGUUGAAGACUUGCUGUACGUCUUGAUUGGAGUAGAUGGGAGAUAUAUCACGGCCCAACCAUUGAUGGGGAAACACAACCGCAGCUUUGCAGUUGACCCCACACUGGACAUGUCCGUCAAGGAGCUUGUCAAUAGGAUCCUGCCAAUAGCAGCAAGUUAUUCCUCUGUUACCAGAUUCAUUGAGGAUAAAUCAUCGUUUGAGCACGGCCAGGUAAACCACGCCUUAGCUGCUGCAAUGCGGACACUGGUGAAGGAGUACAUGAUCCUCGUGACACAACUGGAACAUUUACAGAGACAAGGACUGCUCUCGUUACAGAAACUUUGGUUUUAUGUUCAACCAACCAUUAGAACGAUGGAAAUUAUGGCAUCAAUAGCUACCUCUGUGGAGAAAGGAGAAUGUAUGGGAGGAUCAACGCUAAGUGUGCUGCAUGACAGAACGUUUAACUACACAGGAGAUAAUCAGGCACAGGAGUUGUGUCUCUACCUAACCAAAGCAGCAAGUGUACCUUACUUUGAAAUUUUAGAAAAGUGGAUCUACAGAGGAAUUAUACAAGAUCCUUACAGUGAGUUUAUGGUGGAGGAGCAUGAACUUAAAAAGGAGAAAAUUCAGGAGGAUUACAAUGACAAGUAUUGGGAUGAGAGAUACACGAUUAUCCAGUACCGAAUCCCCUCAUUUCUGCAGAAGUUGGCUGACAAGAUACUUAGUACAGGAAAAUAUCUGAAUGUUGUUAGGGAAUGUGGUCGUGAUGUGACGUGUCCCAAUGCCAAGGAAGUGAUCUACACUCUGAAGGAGCGUGCAUACGUGGAACAAAUUGAAAAGUCCUACAACUAUGCCAGCAAGGUUCUGCUAGACUUUCUAAUGAAGGAAAAAGAACUCCUGGCACGACUCGGGUCAAUAAAACACUACUUCCUGAUGGAUCGAGGAGAUUUCUUUGUCCAUUUCAUGGAUCUUACAGAGGAAGAGCUGAAAAAGUCAGUGGAUGAUAUCAUCACCACCAGGCUGGAAGCUCUUUUGGAGCUAGCUCUGCGAAUGAGCACAGCCAACACUGACCCAUUUAAGGAUGAUUUGAAGAUUAAUCUAAUGCCGCAUGACCUCAUCACUCAGUUGCUGCGGGUUCUUGCUAUAGAAACCAAGCAGGAAAAGGCCAUCAUCAAUGCAGACCCAACUGAGAUUGCACUUAGUGGCCUGGAAGCUUUCUCCUUUGACUAUGUGGUGAAAUGGCCAUUGUCAUUGAUUUUAAACAGGAAAGCUUUGACAAGGUAUCAAAUGCUGUUCAGACAUAUGUUUUACUGUAAGCAUGUGGACCGGCAGCUGUGUAACGUGUGGAUCAGUAAUACAGUUGCAAAACAGUAUUCAUUAUACUCUGCGAGAUGGUUUGCUGCUGCUUUCACCUUGAGACAGCGAAUGCUGAAUUUUGUGCAGAACAUUCAGUAUUAUAUGAUGUUUGAGGUUAUGGAACCCAACUGGCACAUCAUGGAAAAUAAUUUGAAAUCGGCAUCUAACAUUGAUGAAGUUUUGAGCUAUCAUACUAGUUUCCUGGACAACUGUAUGAAGGACUGCAUGUUAACUAAUACAGUGCUGCUGAAGAUCUUUUCAAAGCUGAUGUCGGUGUGUGUCAUGUUUACCAACUGUAUGCAGAAGUUUACUCAGAGCAUCAAGAUUGACAGUGAGAUGAUGCGCCUGACCCUGGAACACGGCACAAUGAAGGGGCCGCCCACUCAGUCCGAGCGGUCCGAGGAGGUCGAAAAGAAACGACUGACCAAAAAGUUUGCAGCAGAGCAUAUCGAGGCACUGCAUUCAGCAUCUGGGUUUGAGGGAACCAUCAACACCUUUGACAACAACUUCUCUACCAAUCUACUUGAUCUGCUGGACAGAUUGAGCGUUUCAAGUACGAAUGACUGCGAGCACAGUAUGAUCAACAUUAUAUACAGGUUAGAUUUUAAUGGAUUCUACACUGAGCGUCUGGAACGCAUGUCAGCGGAAAGAAGCAAAGUGCCGGUGCAGCCAGGAGCUGUAGCAAGAACACCGUUACCUGCACAGUGAAAUGUUGGCAACGGCUUGUAAAUCUCCCAUCCCAUUCACCAAUACGGCAAGGAAUAAUGUGUAAUACCAAGCCUAGUACAAAUAGCCACACUCUAAAUAAGGUUCAAAUAUGUAAUUAGAUUAUUUCAAGCUGUUGUGAAUAAGAUUCAUUUGUUAAUACCAUGUCGGUUUGCAGCUAGCUCUGAAGAGAAUAAGAUGGAGUUAUUUUUAUGUACAGUCUGUGAAAUGAUCAGAGGUUGAUAGGAAUUCCAGCACCUGGGAAAUGUUUACAUCCCAGAUAAUCCAUCCCUUCCUGCUUACCUUUUUCUGGAAUGUCUUCCUGUUCUCACUGUGAGCAUCGGGAAAGUAGGAGACUGAAGGAAGGGGGCAGAGAAUUGUCUCGUCCUUCAUUGUGAGAAGUCCUAGAUCACUAGGUGGUGUCUGUAUGUUGGCACCAAGAGGCAGGCAGGGUGAGGGUCAUGUUGUGAAGUUUAUAGCAGUGUUAUGUUGUAUUGUAGGAAGGUGUAAAUGAUGGUAGGUUUUAUUUCCAAAAGCUGAAAUGGAAUAUUUUCAAUUUUUUUUUAUUUUAAAGUCAUAGUGCCUUCAAUCAUUUCACUUUAUCUGAACAUUGCACAGUUUUUUAUUAUCUGAAGUAUAAUCUGACUAACAAAUGUGUAAUAAAUAUUUCAGUAUGAAAUGCACCUAAACUGUAGCUUUGUGUCUUUUUCUUUUACCCAUUGUUUCUGCUGUAAAUGUCCUGUCUCCUUAUCAGAAACUAAUUAAAUAAAGCAAACUUUUGCAUACU